GUUAGGUUGUUAUUUUUGUUUAUUGUUUUGUUUUUUGUUGAGGCUGAAAAAAGGAGAGUUUAAAGUUUAAAUUGGAAAGCGGAGGUUGAGGUUGAAAGCAAAGUUGAAAAAAUAUGUAAUUUGCUGAAAAUCUUGUUUAUAAUUAUUAUUAUUUCAUUUAUCUAUGACCCCUGCCCCUGUUCUUACAGUAAAGUAGCAGUGGGCUGUGGAUUGAGAUUGAAUUGAUUUUCAACAGGAGUGUCAGCUGUUGAAAAAUAUUUGUUUUUUUUUCUAAAAUAAAUUUUGCUUUUUCUGUUGUGACGAUUGUGUUGGUCGAAAAUGAACGAAACUGCGAAAAAAAAAGUGAAUUAUUCGGUAAGCGAGAAAAGCUUAUUGCUUAGUAUUGUCCAACGUUUUAAAAACGUUGUCGAAAACAAGAAAACUGACGCAGUUACCUGGAGGGAAAAAGACUCUGCAUGGGAGAAAAUAGCGGAGAUUUUCAGCUCAAAAUCCACAGGAGUAUUACGGACGAAAGAUUCCUUGAGAAAGCUUUACGAAAAUUUAAAAAAAAAUGUUAGGAAACAGGUGGUUGACGAAAAAAAACUACUUAUUUGUACUGGAGGAGGGCCACCACCUGCUAAGAAACCAAAGGCUGAAAAUGAUUUAAAGGAACAAAUAUUAUCUAUUGUUAACAGUAAGACUGUUUAUGGUCUACCAAGUAUUUUCGAUGGAGAUGCUGUGAAGGAGAAUAGAGAUAAAUCACCUCAGCCAGGCUGCAGCAAAGACUUCUACCAACUAGACACUGAUCAUGAUUAUUUCUCCUUCGAUAAUGAAAAUGAAGUUAUAGUUGUGGAAACAUCCACUCCUAGAAAGGGAAUAUUAGUGAAUACUGAUCAGAAUACAGAACCACAAAACAAUAAAUACCAAAAACAUGAAUCCUGCCAGAAAUUUGCUGCCACCACAAAUGAAGACAGCAUUAUAAUGGAAAAAUCAAGCAAGGAUAUUAACAUCUUUAAAACAAAAAAAGAUGAUGCUUUACAUGUGGACUCGCAUGUGGAUGGAUGUAGUGCAUAGGGUUCCAGAAGAAAACCUGCAAUGAAGGAAACUGGUGGGGCAGAUUUAAAAAGAGAAUACUCUUCCUUGGCUAAGGCAAAAUUUGAAUUAUACUCGGAGGAAUUGAAACUAGCUAAAAGUCGAAUAAAAAGGGAAGAAGAACUCCACGAACUUAAUAAAGAGAGCCUUAAUUUAGAAAUUGAGAAAAAACGGUUGGAGAUAAAACGUCUUCAAGCAUUUGUUGUAGAAUAAAAAAAGUCAAUGUGAUUAGUUAACAUACCAAAGAAAAUAUUUAGAUAUGUAUUGAUUAAUUACAUUUAAGUACCUGAGUGUUAGGAAUAGUCCAACAUUAUUUAAGUUGUGAUUGUGUUGCAGAGCAAAAUAUUUAUUUUUUAUUUUCAUUAUCAUAUUAUUUUGUUUCUUUUAAGACAUGUUAUAAACUGAAACACUGAUUUUGUUUGAAUUAAAAUGUACCUUCUAAGGCAUUGUGCAAUAUAUCCUGUUAAAAAAUUAAAAAUUUUGAUAAAUAUUACGUAAACUGUAAUUAACAAACCAGCUUUUCCACUUAUGAACUGAGCUAGUUAUCAAUCACAUGUAAAUAAUUUGCACAGCUUUAAACCUUCAUUUGAUUGAACUAAAAUAAAAUUGUGCAAACCUCGUCAAAUUAUGAACUAUUCCAAAAUACUGCGAAAAAGGCUUGCUCUAUAAUAUUAUGCAGGGAGAAUAUAAAAAAAAAAAACUAAGUUUGGAAUGGAAUUAUUUUACUUCUAGAUUGCACUAAAAACCAAACAGCAAAAAUAUAUUAUGCAUAAUUAUAUACAUUUUCUAUCUAUCUAAAUCUGCAAAAUAAUUUAUUAUUCCCUCUCUUAUCCCAAGUGCUUGUAAGUCUGCAGCUUGGUCCACAGGUGGAAUUCCAGGAACUAAAUCUUCUUCCAUCCUUCUCAAAAAUCUUUCCAAGUCUUCUGGAUCUGGUGGAUCAGCCUCAUUUUGUUCUCUGCAUAUAUUGUGCAGAACUGCCAAAGCUACUAUAAUUAUUAAAAGCGUCUCCAGUUUAAGACGACAUCCAUAGGCAAGUAUAGGAAAACGCCUCUUUAUUAUUCCAUUUACCCUUUCUAUGAUGUUCCGGGUUCUUAUAUGAGCCUCAUUGUAUAGCUGUUGCUCCCUAGUUUGUGGGUUGAGUAAUGGAGUAAGCAAAUAUGGCCUUUGAAAAUAACCACUAUCUCCUGCAAAAAAAAAAUAAUUGUGUUAUAAUAAGUGUGAAAAAUGAUCGCUUUGCUUGUUCCACAAAUGUUAAUAUGCAUGCUUUUGAGCAUGCUUUUAAUGCAAUUUUCGCAUGUAUUGUAUAUUAUACAAGAUUUUUUCCACAAGUGAGACUUUUCACACUAGUGUGCUACAUGAAGUUAAUUUUUCCACACUGAAAUGGACUUUUCACACGCUCAUAGAAAAAGUCUGUUUUUACCUUGAGCUUUAGGGUUCUUUCCAAAGGAUAUACCUAUCUACUGUUUUACUUACCUAGCAAAAGGCAAUUUGGAAAAUUAUUCUGGUCAAAAAGUUGUUUAAUUCGGCUGUUAUUAAAAAUUGUACUAUCAUGACUCGAUCCAGGCCAUCGUGCUACAAUGUUAGUUAUUUUGAGAUUGGCAUCACUAAUGAUUUGGGUAUUUAUUGAAAAAUAACCCUUUCGGUUGCGGAAAAUUUCAGCAUCAUUUCCACCUAAAAAUGACAACGAAGUAAUUGAAAUAUUAAUUUCAGUUUCUUGUAGUUUAUUUUCUGAUUUAAUGUUGAAAAGAGGAAUAUCAGAUAAAUGAUAAAUGCAUCGUUACUGGUAACCAAAAUCUAUUUAAAGAAAAAGUGCCUCCUCCUUCUGAUAAUAUUUUGUAAUGUAAGCAUCACUUUUU